UGACCUAACUACCUGAACAAUAUUCAAAACUGCCAGUCCAAGUCAACCCUCUAUUCUUCGCUCACAAUGUAUUAAUUCUACUUCUCCCAAUUAUAUAUUGUGGCCUCUCUCAGCCUCUCUGCAUUGCUAUUGAGUUUUGGAAGAGGAUAAGAAUGAGGAAGCCUUGCUGUGAUAAAGAAGACACCAAAAGGGGAGCUUGGACGGAGCUAGAAGACCAGAAGCUCUCCAAUUACGUUCGGACUCACGGUGAAGGUUGUUGGCGCACCCUCCCUAAGGCUGCAGGUUUGUAUCGCUGUGGUAACAGUUGCAGGCUGAGAUGGAUAAACUAUCUAAAGCCAGACAUCAAACGGGGCAACUUUGCUCAAGAUGAAGAGGACCUCAUCAUCAGGCUCCAUGCUCUCCUCGGCAACCGGUGGUCUCUGAUAGCCGGAAGGUUACCGGGGCGAACAGACAACGAGGUAAAGAACUACUGGAAAACUCAUAUAAGGAAAAAGCUAAUGAGUAUGGGUAUUGACCCAAAUAAUCAUCGGUUGAGCCACCAUCUUCCUCCACCUCCAAACCAGUACUACUGCGCUUAUUCUGCAGCUUCGAAAAAUUACACAUCUAAGCCAUUGAAAACCUCUGCCGCCGAUAAUGAUCAGAUGUCAGAUGCUGCAAGUUACCUUGAAGAUGAUUCAACAUGUUCACAUGACUUGAACCUUGACCUCACUAUUGCAGUUCCUUCUUCGUCGACUUCUCUUGUGGGAGGAAAAAGAAAAGCAAUAGAACGAGCUCUUAGUUGAAAUUGAGAGUGAUUUUCAAGUGUAUAUAUGGCAAAAUCACAGAGAGUAGAAGGUUGGCUUUUGCUGAAAGAUAACAUAAUUAAUCAAAUUUUGGUGUAUUAAUUAAUUAGAAUGACACUGCCAGAGACUUCAUACCAAACUCCUGAGGGAUUGAGGCUGUUUAUGUAAUCAUUUUGAAUUUAGCCCUGUUUGUUUUGAUGUAUUUUUAUUUUUAAGAUAAAAUAUUCUUUUUAUUAUUAUUA